AUGGCUAAGCUCGAGCCCUACAAACAUGGAUAUUAUCUCUGGCAAUAUCUGCCUUCGCUGGCUGCCGCCGUAAUAUUCGCUAUCUUCUUCGCGGUCGCGACAGUUCUACACUUUGUCAAAUUGGUCGAAUGGAGGGCUCGUUUCUGCAUCCCCUUUGCAAUCGGCGGAAUAUUCGAAGUCAUCGGCUGCGCUGCCCAGGCGUGGGCGCACUUCGAAUCCGGCAGUAUCAUGCCUUACUCGAUUCAGAACGUCUUCCUCCUGCUCGGACCGGUCUUGUUUGCAGCGUCAGUAUACAUGGUGCUGGGCCGCAUCAUCCGCAGCACCGGGGCCGAGCAUCACUCCCUAAUCCCAAUGCGCUGGCUCACCAGGACUUUCGCGAUCAAUGCACAACUCGGCCAGGACAUCGUGGUGGCGGGCCUGCUCAUCCAGGUCUUCAUGUUCGUCUUUUUCAUCAUCACAGCCAUGGUGUUUCAAAUCCGUCUACGGCGGCAUCCAACCCCCGGAGCCCACGAUCCCCGCCUCCACUGGCGAGAUCACCUUCAUCUCUUGUAUGGGGUGAGCCUGCUGAUCAUGAUCCGCUCCUUGUUUCGAGUGGCCGAAUUUACGAUGGGAAGCACGGGCUAUCCCCUCACCCACGAGUGGACCCUGUACAUUUUCGACGCUCUUCUAAUGUGGCUAGCUAUGGUCGCCUGGCUGUUUUGGUAUCCGGGGUUACUUUCCAAGCCCGAUAUGGCAAUGGAGUUGCUGAAUCAGAGCAACUUGGACGAUGAAUAAGGGGGGCUUAGACGGGUGGAUCCUUGAAUUCAUAUGCCCGAAAAGAGGGCUCCUGGAGGAUUAUUC